AUGUCUGUGUGUGGCGUGACGCUUGUUUCGGCUGACGGUGUGAGUGUCACGGUGCCGGGCGCCAUCGCGUGGCAGCAGAUCGGCCUGCUGCAGGGCCUCGCGGCGCUCGACGAGGGCGGCACAACCGAGAUGCCACCGGUCGAGCUCGACUUCCCCGCCGCCGUCGUGCAGGGCGUGGUGGCGUACCUCGUGAACCCCGACCGGCGCGUCGCGGAGAUCCCGAAGCCGCUCACCGCGCCGGUCGACCACUUCGCCAAGGCGUGGGAGAUGGACUUCGCGCGCGACAUGGAGCGGUGCGACUUGCUGCUGCCGCUGCUGGAGUGCAGCUGUUACCUGCGCAUCGACGCGCUGCAUGGUCUUCUCGCCGCCUUCGUGGCGCAGCGCAUUGAGGAGAUCUCGAAGGCCGCGCCGUCCAUCAUGGAGGGCGCCGAGCGGGUGCGGCAGUACCUGCACCUCGCGAAUGAGUGGACGCCGGAGGAGAUGACCCAUCUCGAGGAGGAGAUGCGCUACGCGAAGGAAGUUGAUCCUGGCGCGUACUGA